AUGAAUAAGGAUACAGCUGAGUAUUACUACUUCCUAUAUCCCAUCAACAGCUGCAAUGUACAACAACUGUUGUGUAUUUGCCACAGUUUUUCAAUUUCUGUGUCAUUACAGGAAAAUGAGAACCGUGUCCUCUAUUCAAAUGUGUUGUCCUAUGAGCCUCUGACCGAUGAACCAGUUAUUCGUGAGCUACCAUUUUCUGUGCCACUGGAGUGUCGUUACAACAAGUUAGAACUCCUCAUUCUCAACAUUUAUACAAUUGGCCAGCCCAUGUACUUUGAGGCCAUGGCUCCCCAUGGUCAUGCUGGAACGAGGCUCUACUUAAGCAAGUGCUACAUCACUGCUUCUCAGAACCCUGACACUACACCUAAAUACACUGUGUUGGAUAACUAUGGAUGCAUGGUGGAUAGUAAGAAGACCUCUCAAAGCAAGUUCUACCCUAGUGAGAAUAAGGCCACAUUAAGGUUCUCUGUGGGAGCCCUUCUGUUUAAGGACAUGGUCUCCCAACCUGAAAACAAAACGGAAAUGUUCAUUCAUUGUGAAAUGUAUCUGGGACCAGAAAUACCAACUUCAAACACAAAAUCUUGUUCCUACAAUGCAGAUACACAAGGGUGAGGUUAAAGUUGUUGCACAACUGAAGCAAACUCUUUUGACUGAACAAUAUAAAAUGCUCUUACUCCUGUGCUUUAGGUGGUCAGAGUUGUAUGGAGAUGAUGCUGUCUGUGCUUGCUGUGAUUCUUCCUGUCCUGCUCCAGAGCCCUCAAGUCAGUCAUUAUGCUAUGAAAUUGUACUUGUUCCCCAUUUCAUGGGAGAGGAAGUGUAGUUUUGUCAUGUGAUCAGUUGAAACUUAUCAAUUUGAAAUGGCUUUAGUGAAGCAGUUCUUACUGUUAUAUUUCUAUAGUAGCAGAGGUCUAUUUUUAUUUUUUUUUAUUUAUUUAUAAAUGUAGUGAGUACAAGGAUCUCCAGCAAUGCCUGGAUGGUUGAGAAGAGCCAGAAUGACCAGCCUGCAACAAAAUCCAAAAUGGAAGUAGUGGAAGAAGCCCUGUCUCGUGGAGGAUUUGAGAUGUUUUGGGAUGUCUUUGAUGAAGUGAUCAAUUAAUGCAUAGUAAUCUUUAUACUUGGGCUUUUGCUAAAUGUUGCAUAAUAAAGUCUGACUGUUGAGAAACUGUCUCCUGCAGUAUAAAAAGAACUGAAAUGGUGGCAGGGUGGCAUUACUGUUCUUUAAU